AUGGAUCAAAAGAAUUUCACAGCAAUGGGAGUAUUCCCCGUCUCCCUCUCAAAAACAAUAUUCCUAAUCCGUUUGCUCUCCUGGCUGCAACUUCUAUACGCAAUCUCCUACCUCGCACGACCAUUCUGGAACACACGGCGGGAGUUUCCACCCCUCAACAAAGCCAUCGACCGCACAGAAACAAGAAUUAUCAGCAGCCUCCUCGGCGCAGUCCCACUCUCAGCUUAUAGUUCCGCAACAGCAACAGCAACAGAGCGCCAGUGGCACCUUUCAUCGGGCAAUGGUCCCCUGAACCAAGAGAACAACUACAUCCACACCGCCCCUCAACCCACCCCAAACUUGCUAGCCAGCUCAACAUGGCCACAGCAGGGAAAUCAAGACUCAAAUUCCUCAUCAGAACAAGAAAGUCCCACAUCAUCCCGGGGCACGGAACAUCACCGAGAAAACUCCCCCAUCUACGAGACCCUGCGUAAGAUCCACUUCAGCACACGAGGAAGUAUCUCAAAGCUCGCCAACUCAGCAAAGGCUAUCUUCCGCCAGCCACUGACCAUCAUCCCACGGAAUCUGGACAGCUCGCCUUCAGACGAAGAACGGGCGGAACCAGAGCUAGUUCCAAUCCCAGUGCGCACUUCGCAGCCUCGCUUCGUCGAGAACGUGUCUUUCCCCGUGCCCAUGUCUGCGUCUACGCGUGUUGCAGAUCACUUCAGUGACCCUGGACCAGCGAAUGGAAUCAAAAUGCAGCAGCCAGUCCCGUUUGGGGCGACUAUUGAUGCGACUGUUGAUUCUGAGACGGUGCAGAUGAAUCGUGCGCGCAAGUGUCACUCUGUCGAGAGUUAUCCGGGGAAGUUCCCUGUUAGUGAUUCGCUGGAUUAUAGCUCGCUUGCUACUGCUUAUGCUGUUAGUGGUAAGGGGACUACCUCUGUCCGGCCUUUCUCGGAUUACUAG